AUGCAUAAUAUUCAAAUUCUUCAUUUUAAUGAUGUUUAUCAUCUUUCUCCACAAAAACAUGAGCCUGUUGGAGGAGCAGCACGGUUUGCUACUAGGGUAAAAGAAUUUCGUGCAAAAUAUGGUCUCGAUUCUUCAUGUGUACUAUUCAGUGGUGAUCUUUUUAAUCCUUCGGUUGAAAGUAGUAUCACAGUUAAUGAUCUCGGUGUCGACGUUGCCUGCUUUGGUAAUCAUGACUUUGAUUUUGGAUUACCAACUCUUAAAUCAUUAGCUGGUAUGACCAAUUUCCCUUGGUUAUUAUCGAAUGUUCUCGAUUCGGAAAGUGGAAAUCCAGUUGCAGGGGGGAAAAAAUUUCAUAUCUUGGAGAAAAACGGUCUUAAACUCGGAAUUAUCGGUUUAGUCGAAAAAGAAUGGUUGGAAACUAUUCCCGGUCUUCCGUCAACAUUGGAAUAUAAAGAUUUUAUUGCUGUUGGAAAGGAACUUGCUGCGAAAUUACGUGAUCCAAAUGGUCCUUAUGCAGUAGAUCUUGUUAUAGCUCUAACUCAUUCGCGUCUACCAAAUGACAUUUUGUUAGCGAGAGAAACUCAAGACGAGGUCGAUUUGAUUCUUGGAGGUCACGAUCAUUUUUAUUAUGUUGGAAAAGGUUGUGAAGUUAUCAAUGGAUGGACGAGAGAAGAAGUAGCAGGAAGUGAAAAAGAUAAUGGAGUACGCGUUGUUAAGAGCGGAACGGAUUUUCGAGAAUUAAGUAUUUUAGAAUGUGGCGUUGAUGAAAUCGAUAACGAAGAAGGCGGAACUAUAAAGAUAGUUAAAAAUUUAACGGUUACGCGUCAAGAAAUUACAUCAACAGUUGAUGAAGAUCCUCAUUUCGCAGAGUUAAUCACUGCCACUACAUCUGCUUAUACAUUAACACCAUGGGAUUGUCGUUCAACAAUGCUUCGCACUCAAGAAACUGCAUUUGGGAACUUUGUGGCUGAUCUGAUGUUAUACGCGUAUCAAUCAUGUUACCAUAUAGAUUGUUCAAUGUUAUGUGGAGGUUCUGUACGUUCAGACACAAUUUAUCCACCAGGAGUAAUUACUUUGGGUGAUUUGCUUGAAAUUUUCCCCUUCGAAGAUACAGUAGUUGUUAUUAAAAUUACGGGAAAACAAUUGUGGGAUGCUUUGGAAAAUUCGGUUUCAAUGGUACCUAAACAAGAAGGGAGAUUCCCGAUAGUGAGUGGUUUGAAAAUAGAAUAUAAUCCAAAAGCUGAUCCAGGAAGUCGUUUGAGAAAUGUUUGGUUAACGGAGAGAUGUCAACCUACGCCAAUGGAGGAAAGUGAAAAACAAGACCUUGAUAAUGAUUCGGAAGAAAAUGCACCAAAUAUUAUCAUAGAAAAACUAAAUCACCAAAAAACUUACACCGUUUGUACUCGCGGAUAUAUGGCGUCCGGUUAUGACGGGUAUACUGCUCUCGCUAAACCUACAACAAAAUUCCUUGUUGAUGAUGAGAAUGGUAUUCUACUCUCUACUUUAGUCCGUCGAUAUUUUCUUGGUCUUUAUUAUAUUAAUGCUAUGAAAUUCAAUCAAAGCUGUGAAGAUAGAGCCAAAGAAGCAGUAUUAAAAGCGAUAGCAACUUGGAAAAAAUUGGCAGAAACUAAACGUGAAAAAAAUGCUCAUAAAAACGUUUUAAGCCGUAAUAUUCAGGAAGCGUUAAAUGUUUCAUUAGGUGAAACUAUUGAAGUACAAGAUGAUGACCCAUCUAGUAACAAUAAUCAUACCGAUUUUGUAAAAGAUUGGGUAACAGUUGCUCCAAUGAUUGAAGAUAGAAUUGUUUCUGUGGAUUCUUAA